CUGUGAAGGGCAGACUCAAAAGUUAUCAGUGGUGAAGUGAGGACAUCUUUAUCAUCUAGAUCUGUGAUGUGGAAAUGUUUUAAUCUUUAACAGGAACUAAAAGAAUAUCCAAACAAGAUGUCUUCCUGUUUCAGGUUUUCUUUUCUAAAUCAUACGAACCUACAAGAGCUGAGAAGAACAGAAGUGAAGCCAGUUUCUCCAUGUUGACAGAGAAGCUGUGAGGGUUCAGUCUGAUGUUCUCAGCUGGAAUCAAAGCGUUUGAACCAAUCAGCUUCCACUGCAGCCACUGGGAGGAGAGCAGGGCUCCGCCCCUCACAUCUGCUGGUUAUACUGGGCUGCACAUGUCUACUGUUCUUAACCACUUAGUGCUGCAUGACUGCUUCACAUGUCUCUAACUGAAAGGUUUCCUCAGUUUGGUGAACACACACUGUAUAAACAUGUAUAACAUAUUUAUAAAGUGUGUGUUCAUGUCACAGGGCGUGGGUUCUUUAACUGUUAGAACUCUGCAGCUCAUUGGUCAGCACAGUCACAUGACAGUCACCGGUCCAAUCACAGGCUCUGUUGUUACUGGCUCCCCAGCCGGAAGUCCUCGGUUCAUGUUCGGUGGAAACAUCGUUAACGUGUUUGAAUAAACCGGAGAAUCCGCUCGUUCCGGCUCCAGCUGCCGCUACAGCCCGGUCCCCGGUGCUCCACGGAGCGGGAGCUCACCGGACAGCUAGCCGCUAGCUCGGGCCCGGUCACAGCUGGUUCCUGAUUGGGGGAGUGAAUGUCAAACAUGAGUGUGGAGCCAGACGCGCUGGCUGUGGUCAACCAGCUGAGGGACCUGGCUGCCGACCCCAUGAACCGCCGGGCCAUCGUCCAGGACCAGGGCUGCCUGCCGGGACUCAUCCUCUUCCUGGACCACCCAAACCCUCAGGUGGUCUACGCCGCCCUGCUGGCGAUUCGUUACCUGGCAGAAUGUCGAGCCAAUCGGGAGAAGCUGCAGGGGGAGCUGGGCAUGAUGCUGAGCCUCCAGAGGGUCGUACAGAAAUCGACCACUCCCGGAGAGACUAAGCUGUUGGCGUCUGAGAUCUACGAGCUCCUGCAGGCGACCUGCCACGCUGACUCCGAGCCGGACCAGGACGUCGUCAGCAGCCGCCGCAAAGCCCAGUUCUUCCUGGGCUCCAGCAACAAGAGAGCCAAGACGGUCAUCCUCCUCAUCGACGGGCUGGACGACUGGAGUCGGAGGAGUCUGUGUGAGGAGGUUCUGCUGAAGAUCAGAGGAGUGAUCAGCUUCACCUUUCAGAUGGCCGUGAGGAGGUGCAUCGUCCGGGUCCGGGCGGACCUGAAGGCCGAGUCUCUGGCGUCUGCGAUCGCCUCCACUCAGGUGAUGAGUGCUCAGCAGGUGGUCAAAGGAGAACAUGGAGACGAGGUGCUGAUUUCGUUUGUGGAGAACGGUUCGGCGGAGAUGGAGCCGAACCUGGACGUGCCCGACUACCUGCCAGAGGACGAGAGUCCCUCUCAGGAACCCGACAAGGCGGUGACCCGGGUGGGAUCCAACCAGGACGGGGCCAGCUGGCUCGGGGCAGCCACCAACUUCCUCUCCCGCUCCUUCUACUGGUGACCUCCCAUUAAACCUCCUGCCUCCUCUCGGAACCAAGACCUACCAGCUGCCAAAUCCCAGCGCUGUCAGGGUGAAACUAAAACUGAGAACUAAAAACAGACGCGAUCCGUCAAGAUGAAAAGUUACCGGUGUCGCAGUCGAGAGGAAACCAUCUCCAUCAACCCCAUCGUGGUUUGAAGUUCCUGCUGGAGAGCUGUGAAGUCCCUAAACUGGUCUUACCAACUAGCUGCAGGCAUCGUGAAAGGAGCCGAGCCGACCCUAACCAGUUAGACUAUGGAGUCAUGAGCAGGGCGUCGCUGGCCUCUUACCUUUUGUUAUUUAUUUGAGCAGAAACUUUCCUUCCUGCCGUUUGAGGUCAGCUGAUUCCUCACUUCCUGUCAUCCACAGACGUCCUGCUCCGUUUUCUCUCAUCUGUCCAUCAGUCUGGAGAAGAGUCCAGAAGUCACAUGAUCAGCAAACAGGAAGUCAAACUUAAGAAAUCUUGCGCCUGUAACAGAAACUCCUCUGGCCCCGGAUGUUACUGCGUUGAAGUGUGGACAGAGUGUUAGCGGUGACAGGUGACCUCGAUCGGGGGGGUCAAGAGACCAGACUUGUGAUCUCGUCAUCAGCGACAGGACGUUGCUUUUCUUUCUUUCUGAAUUUCUCUGCUGAUUUUGGAAUGCCUUUAAACUCAACUUUUAUUUUCUCACUUCCUGUGAACCAGGCCAUGAACUCUGAAGUGUUUUUCGGAGACGUGUUACUGACGUUUUAUUUCAGGGUAUCCGCGGUGUCUUGAAAAGUAUUACAAAUGUAUAUAUAAUAUAAUAUCAGGCCGCAGCCGAAACAUGACACGAGAGGUGGUUAUUGAAUCGGGACAUGGCACCCGUCUAUGUUCCUAUGUUCUAUGUUCCUUCACACUUCAAAACUUCUCUCUUGACAACACCCCCUCCGUUAGAACCCCCCUUCAAAAUAAGAGUCCCAUCCAACACCCUGCUUAUAACAGGAACUAGACAGUCUGUCUGUCUCAGCGCGAGACCGCAGCGCGAGUAGCACUUGUUGUUGAAUCUUCCAUGUAGAGGACGGCUAGCUGCAAAUAGUGCGCUAUUAAUUAUGUAUAUGGCUGCAAAGGAAUAGGCAUGGGGAAGUGUGAAUUCGCCGAGUCGUGGUUGGAACACGACCAGUUCAAGCCCUGGUUGAAGCCCGUCGCUGGGAAUGACGAGAGGCUUAGGGUUCUGCUCGGUCUGUAGAAAGAGGAUGACCAUGGGGGGAUCAAUCGAGCAUUGGGCAGCACCUUCCUCGAAGUUUACACUUGUACAUUUGUGAGUUCUAUUAUUAUAUCAUAACACUUGGAGGAUGAAGCAGAUGGUAAUUUCCUUCAGGUGAGAUACCAGACUAGUUUCCCUGUGUGUGUCAGUUAAACACUCUGCUGCACUGAAGACAUGCCACAUGGUGGCUCUCUUUGAGAAAGUUGUAACAUCAUAUCGUGACAAUGUUGAUCUGAUUUGUGUUAUUUAUGCUGCAAAAUAGUUUUAUUAUUUAAAGUAUUAUAAAAGUGCCUGUUGCCGAGUUGACUGAACCAUUUACUGCUCAGUGUGUCUGUGCAGUGUUUCUCACACCACCAGUAGAUUCUGACCUAUUCAUUUCAAUCUAGCCUCUUAAUCUGUCUCUGAAAGUGGACCGUGUGUGUGUGUGUGUGUGUGUGUGUGUGUGUGUGUGUGUGUGUGUGUGUGUGUGUGUGUGUGUGUGUGUGUGUGUGUGUGUGUGUGUGUGUGUGUGUGUGUGUGUGUGUGUGUGUGUGUGUGUGUGUGUGUGUGAUAAAUUGUGCCUUUUGUCUUAGUAACUCAAUUUAUUCUCGUGACCUUUAUUCCCUCCUGGUCUAUCUGAAUUCUGUUGUGCUGAUACAGUGCUACAUAGAAGUUCUGGCAAACUUCAUUUAAAUUUGCAAUCUCAAACCUGGGUAAUCGGAUUACACCCAGUCUGAUCACAUGACAGUUCAGGUGUAGAUCCACCUCAGUGAGGCAGAUUGUGUUUGGACUCAUUGAACCUCAUGUCAGAAGCGUUCAUACAAACAGGUGUGUGGUUUAAUGGUGUGUUUAAUGACUCGAGUUCGGACGCCCGACGGUUCGGUCACAGUGUCUAGGUCGUGUAUCUUUUUAUUUAUUUUUAUUUAUUUAAACUACAUACGUGUGAUCAGGGAAAACAUCUCAUUCAGACAGAAAACAGAUCGCUGUCCGAUUUCUGUCGGCUCAGCGUCUGUAUGUGAGAUCAUUUAAACUCAUUUCUGGAGAGUGGGUCAGGGUGUGUGGAGACAGGCUGUCGUCCAUCUUUAUGAAAGUCUACGAUUUACUCAAAUACGCACAGGUGGCCUUCAGCGUGUUUAUCAUCUCUAUUUUCUGAAGCUGAAACUGACGAGUCGUACAAACAGAUGUAAGAGGAACUUAAACGAAGAAUACGAGAAUGCUCGUUUGACUCAGAAUCAGAAAGUACAGGCAGCUAAGAUUGAAUGUGUGAAUCUAGAACAAUCCAAGCUUUAUAAGUGUGAUUCUCAGUCAUCCAGGUCAAGGUAUGUUCAGGACAUGUCAAUAUCAUGAAGUUUAAUAAUCCAGUUGAACAACAAGAUCACAAACUGAGAUGAAGCUUCAGCAUUAAACACAAACUUUAAUCUUGUGUGAAUAAUUUCCUUCAAACUUUACAGACUCUGUUAAACUGACAGUGAAUCACAUGGUGAAAAUAAAAAGUUACUGAAUUUGA